CCAAAUGCAGACCGCUGAGAGAAACGCUCUCCAAACUGUCACUAUAAGAUAACUGAGUUGUCGAGGAAAUAAUCUAACUAUCUUGGCAACUAGUAUCACAUACACUACCAAAUACUUCUCAUGGAUCCGUCUAAUUCAACAAAGCUGCUGCUACUAGACCAACUUCCUAGAGGAAGUAUUUUUGAGAACCUUGAUCUAUAUCAAAGAGAUGGUUUCUGGUACAGACCUCGUCACCUUGAAGCUUCCAUUGUUCUUCACUCACUAUUUGAAGCUCGCGAUGAUGAUGUUAUUUUGGCGUCCGCUAUGAAAACAGGUAGCACAUGGCUGAAAGCUCUCUGCUUCUGCAUCAUGCAAAGGCAAUUUGGUACUGUUGGUAACAAGGACGAGGACCUUUUGGCCAUACACCACCCUGCAUUUUAUGUGCAGACUUUAGAAAUCCAGGUUUACACUGCAAAUCCACCUCCAGAUCUCUCAGCUAUGGAGUCUCCAAGGCUCUUCCACACUCACUUGCCUUAUAGUGCACUGCCUGAGUCCAUUAAGAACUCUGAGUGCAAGAUUGUUUACAUAACUCGCAACCCAAAAGACACUUUGGUUUCAAUGUGGCACUUCUUCAACAAGCUUAGGACACCUGAACAAGGUCAAUAUCCCAUAGAGAAGGCAUUCGAGAGCUUUUGCAAUGGUGUUUGCCAUUUUGGGCCAUUUUUCGACCAUGUUUUAGAGUACUGGAAUGAGAGCUUAAAGAUGCCUCAAAAAAUACUUUUUUUGAAGUAUGAAGAGCUACAAAGGAACCCAAAAGAAGAAGUGAAAAAACUUGCUUCAUUUAUUGGAAAGCCAUUUGCUGAGGAGGAAGAGGUUGAGGAGGUGAUAAGGAAGUGUAGCUUGGAGAGGCUGAAAAACUUGGAAGUAAACAAGAAUGGUGUGGAUCCAUGGGUUGGGAUGCCAAACAGUGCCUUUUUUCGAGCUGGGGUAGUUGGAGAUUGGAAGAACAUUUUAACCCCAGAAAUGAGUGAGCGACUUGAUCAAAUUACCUGCAUGAAACUGCAAGGGUCUGGCUUAGAUCUUGUGGAUGAUGCAUUAGAGCAUUGUGUUGCUUUAUCAAAUUAAACGUAUGAUGGAAUACCGCAUAAAUGUCUCAUGAGAGCUUUGCUGCUGCCUAACAUUUGAGAGUCCUUAUUGUUUAUUCUUAUCUUUUCUACUUAUUAUUUUAUCUUUAUUUGAUUAGCCCUAAUUAUUUAGGUACUUUAUAUCUAUUUGAAUAUUUGAAUAAUUAUCUAGUAAUAUUAUUUAGUUAUCUUAGGAGAUUGUUGCUUUUUAAAUAAAUGCUUAUGGCAUUAAGUUAGGUGUUGAAGAAUUUGUUAUUGUGUUGUGCUCUGUCUUCCACCCAAAGGAAGUCUUUUUUCAAUUUCCAUAUCUGUUCCUAUCAACUAAGUUUACUGCUGCAGUGCUAAUAAUGUAAUAUUAUGAUUGAAUAAGAGGUGCUGCUUUAGUUUAUCA